GACGUCACCAGCAAGGCAGGCGUCAGCUUUGCGGAGAUAUUAAAUGUCUCUUUUUGGACUUGGUUUGGUCGUUUUCUCAACAUUUCUUUGAUCGGUGGCAGUAUAUUACAGCUAUUAAAGUGAUUCUAGACUUAUUUUUUUUUUAAAGAAAAAUAAUGUCCGCCUAUUUGGUCGUUCACCGCUGAGGAAGUGCUUCGUUGUGUUUGUGUCAGAAGACCCGUCAAACCAUGAACUACGUGGGCCAGCUGGCAGGUCAGGUCUUCGUCCAGGUGAAGGAGCUGUACAGAGGCCUCAAUCCGGCCACCCUGUCCGGCUGCAUUGAUGUUAUUGUGGUGCGACAGCCCGAUGGCUCCAUGCAGUGUUCGCCCUUCCACGUCCGCUUUGGCAAGAUGGGCGUCCUGCAGUCCAGAGAGAAAGUGGUGGACAUGGAGAUCAAUGGAGAGCCUGUGGAUUUACAUAUGAAGCUCGGGGAGAAUGGAGAGGCUUUCUUUGUUCAAGAAAUGGAAAAUGAUCAGGAAGUGAUUCCCUCCUACUUGGCGACCUCUCCCAUCCUGACGGAGAAUAUGGUUCUGAUGAGCUCGUCUCUGAUGGCCAAGAAUUCUGGGCCUCAGGUACAGACCUUGGGCUCCGCGGGGAGCGGUGGAGAGACUUGCGCGGUGGCGACGACGAUAAAGAAGAGAAGGAAGAGGAGGAGGAAAGCCAGGGCAGACACCCUGAAGAGGGAGGAGAGCGGCGACUAUUCGGAGGAUGAGGACAUGUUCACCAUUGACAUCAGCUCUGAUGAGGAGAUGGAGAUCAACAGGAUAUCGCACAGGGAUGUCUUAGAGGCCAGGCCGACCAGUGGUUCUUUCGAAUCAUCCGGCGUCUAUGCUCGCUCCGAUGGCGAGUGGAGUCCCAUCCAGAGUCCUGGAAGCUCCCGUCCCACCUCCCCUAAGAGUGACUCUGAGCUGGUGAUCAAGCCGUCCAGCACAGUCAGUCAGGAUGCAGCCAUGCACUGGGCGUGGGGCGAGCUGCCCCAGGCUGCUACACCGUCCUUUCUCUCAAUGAAAUCUAAGCCGCCGCCGCCACCAUCCCUGCCGCCUGCCUGUUCCAUGUCCAUCCCCGUAUCGGAGAGCACGCACUUCAGAGUGAUUACCCACGAGGACGCGCUGGCGAUGGAGACUCAACCCAUUACUGCAGAGCCUCAAGGGAGCCUGGCGUCCCGUAUGAUGUCAGAGAUGGAAGAGACAACAUCCCGUCCACCUGGAAAGACAGACUCACCAUCUAAGAAAAAAGACAAACGGAGUCGACAUCUUGGCGCUGAUGGAGUCUACCUGGAUGACAUCACAGAUCUGGAGCCUGAAGUGGCCGCCUUGUAUUUCCCAAAGAGUGAUGGAGGCGGGGCGUUGAGAAGCAUCUCAGAUACGGGCCUCCACAGCACCAGUCACUCGCCACAGUCGCACAGCUCGGGGGGUGACAGCGGAGUGGAUAGCUACAACGACCCCGUGACCGACUUGCCGUCCAUCGGCAUCUCGCUGUGCGGCGGCCUCAGCGACAACAAAGAGAUCACCAACGAGCAGUUCCACAAGAAGAUCAUCUCGUACCAGCAGUUUGUACAGAAUCCCUCCGUCAUCGACGACCCCAACCUGGUGGUGAAAAUUGGCUCCAAAUACUAUAAUUGGAACACUGCCGCACCCAUCAUGCUGGCGAUGCAAGCCUUUCAGAAGCCAUUACCAAAGGCAGCAGUGGAGACCAUCAUGAAGGAGAAGAUGCCCAAGAAAGGAGGGAGGUGGUGGUUCUCUUGGAGGGGCCGCAACAGCAACAGCAAAUCUGAUUCCGUCUCGGAAAGUGGAGCCUGUGGGUCACCUAAUGUUGGGACACUGGGCAGCAGCAGACUUAAAGAAGAGUCAUCCUCCAGUGAUGAAGAGCACAGGGCGGCCAAACACACUUUUACAAGCGUCCAAUCAGAGCCCUGCGUCACCACGGGAAACACGUCGUAUAAGAAAACGCUUCGCUUGACAUCCGAACAGCUGAUUUCACUCCAGCUGCAAGAUGGUCCUAACGACGUGGUGUUCAGUGUGACGACCCAGUACCAGGGAACAUGUCGCUGUCAGGGAACCGUCUACCUCUGGAACUGGGAUGACAAGAUUAUUAUUUCUGACAUUGACGGAACCAUCACCAGGUCGGACACACUGGGUCACAUCCUGCCCACCCUGGGUAAAGACUGGACCCACCAGGGCAUUGCACAGCUCUACCAUAAAGUCAGCCAGAACGGUUACAAGUUCCUGUACUGUUCAGCUCGCGCUAUCGGCAUGGCGGACAUGACGCGGGGGUACCUGCACUGGGUCAAUGAGAGGGGCACCAUGCUGCCUGUGGGGCCGGUGCUUCUGAGCCCCAGCAGCCUCUUUUCAGCCUUGCACAGGGAGGUCAUCGAGAAGAAGCCCGAGAAGUUCAAGGUGGAAUGUCUAAAUGAUAUCAAGAAUCUCUUCUACCCGAACUCACAGCCGUUCUACGCAGCGUUUGGCAACAGGCCAACGGACGUGUUCUCGUACAAGGAAGUCGGCGUGCCACUGAACCGGAUCUUCACGGUGAACCCCAAAGGAGAGCUGGUGCAGGAACACGCCAAGACCAACAUUUCAUCGUAUGUACGGCUGUGCGAGGUGGUGGACCACAUGUUCCCUCUAAAGAUGCGAGCCUCGUCCUUGGACUUUCCCUGCUCGGACACCUACAGCCACUUCACAUACUGGAGAGAGCAGCUUCCCCUGGUGGAGCGUCAGGGAACUACACCUCCACACACCUCCAUCCCCGGCAGCUGACAAUGAUGCAACAAAGAGCACUGUUCUCCGAACUAUGACUGUCUUAGUGGACGCACCAGUAAUAAUUUAUUCAGGGCAGCUUUAUUGAGCACAUUUGAAAUGAAGUGAGCCUUUAUUUUUAGUAGAGGAGCUAAACUUGGUGCCAAAUAUACAAUAUCCCUUUGUUAAGGAAAUACUAUAGGUAUGCAUAUGCAGGUAUAUAAGUGUGUAAUCAUCGAAUUUCAGGAGAUGGCAAAUGUAUGCAUAUGCAAGUACUAGAUGUGUGUAAUAAUUAAUAGAAAAAUAACAGGAUAAUGUGAAGCACACUUUUUAAUGUGACUAUUUAUGGUUAUGCACUAUGUUUUUGAAUGUAGCGUGGCAUCAAAUGCCUUUUCAUGUUCUUCGCAAUAUUUUUAAUAAGCUCACCUCAGUUGUAUUGCAAGGAGCCUUCAGCUGGUAUGUGACUGUUAGAAAAAAAGCAGCAUCCAUCAAUCAAAAACACAGUGCAGUGUUUCUAAAUGAAACAAAAUGAGCUUUUUUGUAUCAAAUGCUGCUAUCAUUAUAAUCUGCCAGAUGAUGUGUGUAUUUGGUAUAUAUAUAUAUAUAUAUAUAUAUAUGCUUAAAAAUGUGUGUAUUCUUUCUGCGAAAGAGUUGAAUUUACUGAAAUUGUUUUCAUAUAUUUGACUGAAUAUUACAGUUUCUAGUUUAGACCAAAUAGCGUUAUCCAAGUCAAAUAAAGUGUCUCACUGAACAA